UUCAUUUAAAACCCAAUUCCUUUUUUCUUUCUCAUAUUUCUCUUGAAAGCUUUUUACCUCUUUGUCAUGGCGGAGGGUUUCGAGCCCUUUCAUGUCCCGCAACAAAGUAGAAGAGAUAAGCUCAGAGUUGUCUCUCAAUCGCACCCAACUUGCGAUGAUGCAGCAGCUGCUCUACAAGGGUGCGUUGGUUUCCUCCCUAUAUAUGAUCCCUCUCUCCUCUCCUCCGAUAUGCUAACCUGCGGCAACCCACUUGGUGGAGGUGUGACUGGAACUGCGACUACUGCUACCGCAACUAUGGAGAUUUCUAAGCAAAACCCAGUUUGUGCUGUUAAGGCGGAAGGAGGGAAUUUAAUGGGUUACGUUGGAGGAUUCAUAAAUGCUUCUUCUUCGUCUUCUUCAUCUCAUCAGCCUUUCUUGGAUCCACAGUCUUCCCUUGCCUGUAACCCUUUUCUUUACACGGCUCAGAAUCUCAGAGAUCUUGAUCAUUCCUUUAAUGGUGGUGAAGUGGUCCCCUUCAAGCCUACGCCCUUAUCGUUAGCUCAUGCCCAUGAUUCUGUUUCCACUGGGCAAGGCCUGUCGCUGUCCUUAUCAUCUAACCAUCCUGGACAGCAUAAUCUGCCGCUGGAACUGAAUUUGCAACAGUAUGAGUCUGAGGUGUUCGAUGAAAAGUGUAUGGGAGGAUAUGUAGCUUCCACGUCCAACGAUGUGUCCAGAAGUACUGUCCCUCUCGGCCCAUUUACGGGCUACGCUUCUGUUUUGAAAGGGUCAAGGUUUCUGAAGCCUGCGCAGCAGCUCAUGGAGGAGCUUUGUGAUGUGGGUAGAGGAGUUUUAAGUGAUAGAAGCUAUGGAAACUCCUCUUUGAUAGAUCCUUCUAUUGAAAACUUGGGUGAAGUUGGAGUUGGAGUUGUUGAUGAUUCACUCACUUGUGGAGAUCCUAAUCGUAGUGAGCUUCGAAGGAAGAAGACAACUCUACUAUCAAUGCUGGAUGAAGUGUACAAGAGAUACAAGAUGUACUACCAACAAAUGCAUGCGGUUGUUGCUUCAUUUGAAUCUGUUGCUGGGCUUGGCAAUGCGGCCCCUUACGCAUCAUUUGCCCUCAAAACAAUGUCGAAACACUUCAGGUGCUUGAAGAAUGCCAUUACCGACCAACUUCAAUUAAGCAAAGCUCUUGGGGAGGGAAGUUAUGAAAAGGACGGAGCUCCUAGGUUGGGGACUGCCGACCGAGGCCUUAAUAGCCAGAGACCUGUUCAUAACUUGAGCAUUCUUGAUCAUCAACAUGUUUGGCGACCCCAAAGAGGACUUCCAGAACGUGCAGUAGCUGUUCUCAGGGCAUGGUUAUUUGACCACUUCCUUCACCCUUACCCUACUGAUACUGACAAGCAAAUGUUGGCUAAACAGACGGGUCUAUCAAGGAGCCAGGUCUCUAACUGGUUCAUCAAUGCUAGAGUAAGACUUUGGAAGCCGAUGGUAGAGGAAAUUCACAUGCUUGAAACACGACAAGCUCAAAAAGCAUCAGAGGCUGAGGACCAGAAUUCCAAUAAGACUGUCGACCAACCGCCUCAAUCAAACCCACUGCCCUCCAACAAAACACCACAGACCAGUACUGCAACCCUGAAUACUCAAAACCCCCCAACAAAGCGUAGCAGAAGUGAACUUCCCAUUGCACCCAACCAAAAUGAUCAUCUGAACAACAACUUUACAUACAAUAAUCUAUCAAGCCAUCACCAUGUAGGUAUGAGCAGUGCAGUGGGAAACAGCAGUGGGGUUUCACUGACACUAGGCCUGCGCCAGGAUAAUGUAAUCGGUUUAUCCGAGCCUUUUCCAAUGAACAUAGUUCAUCGGUUUGGCCUUGAAGCAAACAACGAAGGAUGUGUAGUUGGUAGCUUCGAAGCCCCAAAUCGACACUUUGGGAAAGACAUUGGAGGACAGUUUCUGCAUGACUUUGUUGGCUGA